GAGGGUCAAACUGUGAUUUUAGGGCUAAGGUUAGAGUUGAGGCUUGUUUCGGAUUAGAGCAAAGGUUAGACGUCUGCCUUUAUUUGUGAUGGUUAGAGUGCGGCGUUAUGUCAAGGGUGGGGCCCCACUUUUAUAGCACCGUGUGUGUGUGUGUGUGUGUGUGUGUGUGUGUGUGUGUGUGUGUGUGUGUGUGUGUGUGUGUGUGUUUCUUAAACAUCACAGUUCACAACCAUGGAUCAGUGCUGCCUAUAAUCCUGCGCUGUCUAUUUGGCUCUUUGAUAGAUGAAGGAGGAGCUCUUUGAGGAACAAGGAGAUCCAGCCUUGUUUUUAUGCACGCGUAUACACAGACGCACGCACUUGCGCACGCGCUCAGUAGAUAACAGGCAAACGGGCAGAGCUCAAGCAGAAGAAAGCUCAGACGGCCAGUCCAGGGAGCUGCUCGCGCGCGGAGCAACCUGUGUUCCUCGCGCCGGAGCGUGGGGCUCGCGGAGGCCAUGGAUCACAUAGGGAUACUGGGGGCCCAUCUGCAGCAGCACCCGCACGUGGAGCCCAUCAACUUCGGCAUCGAUCAGAUCCUCAGCAACGUGGAGCAGAGCUGCAUGCUGGGCGCGAGGAUGCACGAGCCGGACUACGGACAUGUGGCCUACAGCAGCAGCGGCGCGAGCGUCGGUGGGAACGGUGGCUUUACGUGUGGAAACACCGGAUAUAACGGCACCAGCAGCUCUUGCGGAAUGGCUUCCCUCGGUGGCGCUUAUCACAUGAACAUGGGUGUAAAUGUGAACGGAACUAACGUGACCGCCGGGGUCAUCCGCGUGCCUGCUCACCGGCCUCUGAGCUGCGGGAACUCCUCUGUGCCGCCCGUGAGCGGAACCAUUAACAAUCUGACUGCGCUCACCUUCCCCUGGAUGGAGAGCAAUCGACGGUACACCAAAGACCGCUUCACAGGUCAUCCCUACCAGAACCGGACUCCUCCUAAAAAGAAGAAGCCUCGGACGUCGUUCACGCGGCUGCAGAUCUGUGAGUUGGAGAAACGCUUCCACCGACAGAAGUACCUGGCGUCUGCAGAGCGGGCCGCCCUCGCCAAAGCUCUGAAGAUGACAGACGCUCAGGUCAAAACCUGGUUCCAGAACAGACGCACCAAAUGGAGGCGUCAGACGGCGGAGGAGCGCGAGGCAGAGCGGCAGCAGGCCAACCGCAUCCUAAUGCAGCUGCAGCAGGAGGCCUUCCAGAAGACCAUCAACCAGCCGCUGACGCCGGACCCGCUGUGCCUCCAGAACAGCUCCCUUUUCGCCCUGCAGAACCUGCAGCCCUGGACUGAGAACACGGCCAAGAUCAGCAGCGUGUCCGCCUGCGAGUAGAGCCGACGUCCAGCCUCCAGCUGAUUCUGAUCCUUGCUCUGACUGUCAGACACGUGCACCGACGCUGCAGCUGAAUACAUGCACACUCCACGUGGUCUGUGUGGAUCUAUCAGAGGCCUCUGCCCUGCUCACAACACAAAGGGCCCAUGCUUUCGUGAACAAUGUGUAACAGGAGCCCAGCGGAGCAGGUGAAGGACGACCGUUUACCCACAGAGACCGGAUGUUUCAUAAACAGCCUAUUUUCAUAACAGCCUGUCAGUAUUUAUCAUGCUAAUGGACCUUUUAUGCAAUUGUAAAAUAACAGAGCACUUGUUUUGGCACCUUUUGUAUAAUUUCAAAUAUCAAAAUGAAACGACCUUUAUGUUAUGAUUUACAGAAUUGAGGACAUUUGAGCAUUUUAUAAUUUAUGUACAGUAAAAAAAUUGGCCUAAAGGCCAAAAAUAUUUUUUAAAAACAGGGAGAACCUUUAGGUAUAUGUUUUGACUCUGUGUGACAAUACGUUACUUUCACGGCACUGUAUUUUCUUAAGAAUCUCAAUUAUGUGAGGUGGUGUGUGUGUGUGUGUGUGUGUGUGUGUGUGUGUGUGUGUGUGUGUGUGUGUGUGUGUGUGUGUGUGUGUGUGUGUGCGUGUGUUCUC